AUGCGAGAGUUUGAUGAGGGAUAUGGUGAUGGCGAUCUGCCAUCUUUGGCUGAAGAAUUUGAUGAAGGCGUUGAUCAUGGACGUAAGGAGAGCGAUGGUAUCGGUGGUGGUCUUGAAAAUCUGAGGGAUGUUGAGGAUGAAGAGGGUGUAAAUGGUGACACUUUUGAUGAUCAUCAUGGAGGUGAUAAUGAUGGAGGUGAUGAUGGGUAUGAUUAUGGGUAUGAUGAUGGUGGUGAUGAUGGUGGGUUCGAUUAUGAUGACAAUUAUGAUUGA